AUGGCCCAUCUUUCUGUACAUUCAACAUCAGAACAUCGUCCAGAUUUUUGGAGCAGAGCGUUCUUAUUCUCGCAAAGAGCAACUUCAAAAACCAUCCGUUCAUGCGAAACUGACUCUCGUUUACAAGGCAAGAAGUAUCCACAAAGUCCGCUGGCUUCGAAGAAGACGACUCUUCAAGCAAUAUUCUUCAUUAUGUCUUCCGUUCUGGCGCACCACCUGACCGCAGGCGAUCCACAGCAGCUCCCAAUGGAACAGUUCGUGAAGUCAGCAGGACAGCGCUUUGAGCUGGAAGAUGGAAGCCCCUUUUACAUGACAGGACCAGAUGAUAUGCCUUACAGGGUCACGCCCUCCCUUAUGCCCAGUAGUGGUAUCUAUAACGAGGAAGUGUUCAAGGGCCUCGACUUCUUUCUCGAUGCUUUGAGGAAGCGCAACAUGCGGCGCUUCUACAACGACACCAGUAUUGCGUUGAAGUGUCAGAACAUGUUGCAAAGAACAUGGAUCGAGGCGACCGCAUCCUUCGUGAAGGAUAUCGACAGCAGGCACAUGCUGACAACAGGCUCGGAGGGCAAGGAAUUUGUUGAGUACGAAGAUGAGGGCAAUUGGGUUGAGAAUUGGGAGAUCUACAAACCGUACAACGGGAGCGACUCUAACCUUGAAAGUGCCAUCAACUUCGCAAGGAGAUUCUUGAAAGCACACAACGAGUUCGCUGCCAGCUUUGGCAAGCCGCUCGUCCUGGAAGAAUACGGGUUGGCGCGCGACAGUUUCCCGAUCAACAUGAAUCGCUACGAUCCGAAAAGCCCAGUCACACACAGAGACAAGUACUUCCGUGCAGUUCUAGACCAGGUGUCCGCGCUUUCUAGAGAGGGUUACAUGGCUGGGCAAAUGUUUUGGGCGUGGGCUGGCGAGGGGCGUCCGCAGUGCAAGAUGCCGGUGGGCGACCCGCCACACGAGAACCCCGGCUGGUAUUCCGUGUACGACAUCGACGAGAGCACCAUGGCACUCUUCGCGUCAUUCAAUAAGCAGCUGCAAACAGAUGGUCGAAAGUGUUAG